AUGCCGUUGCCGCAGUGUCGAAGGGGCCACGCUGCUGACGCUGCCUUGUGUUUCACGACAGGCUUUCUUGAGGAAGCUGUAAUUCUGCUGGAAUGGGGCCCCCUCGAAAAAGCCGCCUGUCGGUCAGUCGCUAGAGCUAAUGCCAGUGGCGCUGCUGCUGCCAGCGCAGAGUGCACGACGGAUGAUGGGCCGUUCUCGCUGCGAAGUGCAAUGGAAGACAUGCGGCAGACUACCUGCCUACCGCAGGCGGACGGGGGUGGUUCCUCGUGUUACAGCAAAUGGAAGCAGCAGACUGCUGAUGUGGCCUCCUUUUCUGCGGCCACAGCAGCCAGCCCCUGCUCGGCUGUGGGGCCCCCGUCUGACAAGGAUCGCGAACUGGCUGUCUCCAAGCCUCAGCGGGGAACCGAGAUUCCUGAGGCCUUGGGAGCUUCGUUGCUGCAAAGCGACAUGGCCGCAGAAGAGGUUCCUCCGACGACGGAAGAAGUGAAGCAGCAAAUCCGAACGAGGCGCCUUGCCAACCCUUUGCUCGCCUCCCGGCCCCUUCAAAAUGACGCUCUCCGUGUUGCCCUCAUGGGACCCGAGGCGUAUGCCGCUCUAGUGGCCAACGCACCUUCAAGCGCUAAGGGCCCCCAAAAGGAUUCCCCGCCUCAUCUCGACACUUUUGCUGUUCCAGUUUGGGUGUGUCGAGAUCCCUUGCUGGCAGCGGAGGUGACCCUGCAGCCCUUGCGGCGCUUCCACCAACUAGACGCAGUUAUUAUCUUCAGCGACAUUCUCGUUCUGCCCGAGGCCAUGGGGAUGCCUCUUUCCGUAGAAGGCGCAGGGCCCCGGUUUGACUGGAGACUGCAGAGCCCCGCAGACAUUCGACGUCUGGACACCACAUUUAACGUGGAAGACAAACUUGGUUAUAUCUUUGACGCGAUCUUUGCAACCGUAGAGAAGCUGGAAGGACGCGUACCGCUGAUAGGGUUUUGUGGGGCACCCUUGACUCUCCUUUGCUACAUGGUUGAGGGACGUUCCUCAGCUAACGGCUGGCGCAGUUGCAAGGAGUUUCUCUUUGCGUAUCCUGAGGAGUCCCUGCUGCUGCUGCAACAAAUUGCUGCACUAGCAGCACAGUACCUAAUAAAGCAGGUCUUUGACACAAGCGCGGGGUUUUUUUCUCCCGAGCAGUACAAACGGUUUGGCGUUCCUUUUAUGACGCAGAUUGCUGAGGAAGUCUCCGCUGCACGUCCAGGUGUGCCGCUGAUUGCAUUCCCUAAGGACCAACCUCUGGACGCCUUUGCUGGCUCAGCUUUCUCUGCGGUCAGCCUUGGCUGGGGUUCAGAAAGGGCAGUCGCGAAGGCUCGCUUCCAGCAGGGGACACCACUGGGGAUGAGGCCUCCUCUCGACGAUGUGGGCGUAAAAGCCCUCCAGGGGAACCUUGACCCUUCUAUCCUCUAUGCUCCAGACGAGGUUCUCAAGCAGCAGACUGCGGAGAUGGUCCGGAGUUUUCAGCCUGGGCGCUAUGUUGCCAACCUUGGCCAUGGGAUGGAACCCCAGAUGGACCCUGCAAAGCUGGCUCUCUUCCUACAGACCGUCAAAAAUACGGCAGCGGAGAUAAAGAAGGAGUAUGCAUCCAGGCAGAGAACGUGA